AUGAAAACAACUUUGUUCAUUAUUUAUUUUACUCUAAUUUGUUCUUAUAUUAAUGCUGAAUUUUGUCAAACAGAUGAUUGCCGUGGUGGUGAAUGUGAAAUUUUACGACUUUCUAAUGGAUUAAUAAAGAAAUCUUGUCAUUGUGUUCAAGGUGUUUGUGGUGAAACAUGUCAACGUUUAUGUAAUGCUAGUUCAAAAUGUGAUGCUCAUCCAUGUUGGUUUGGUGGUACUUGCGUUAAUGUUGCUAAUUUAGAUUAUUUUUGUUUAUGUCCACCGAAUUAUACUGGUAAAGAUUGUCGGACUUUAAUUUCUUGUCAAUCAAAUAGCUGUCUUAAUGAUGGAGUAUGUGUUCUAACUGGUCUUGGUGCUCGAUGUAAUUGUCCGGAAAAUUUUCGUGGUGAUUAUUGUCAAUAUACAACACUACCGAAAGCAAAUAAAAAAAUUCCAAUUGUUGAAAAUCGACCAUAUGAUCAAGAUAUAAUAGCAGCUAUUGCUGGUUUAGGUUCAUCAAGUGCUAAUCAUCAUGCUGUUGAUCAUCGAACAAAUAGUUAUGUUAUAGCUGUGGGUGAUCAUUCAAAAUUUGUUUUUUGUUUAACAAAUCCAUGUGAAAAUGGUGGAAGUUGUUUUAUAACGAAUUCAGCAACAACGAAAGGUAUUUGUAUUUGUCAUGAAGGAUUCAUAGGUGAUUAUUGUGAAAUUCUAUAUAAUCGCACAUUAAAUGGUAUUCGAGAACAGAAGAGUUAUUGUUCAACAAGUCCAUGUAUAAAUGAUGGUACAUGCGUUGAAAAAGGACUAUUCAAUGGUUAUUGUCGAUGUACACCAGAAUAUCGAGGUACUUAUUGUGAAACAGCUGUACACCCAUUUGGUUGUAAUCCAAAUCCUUGUAAAAAUGGUGGCACGUGUGUUUUAUUGGAAAAUAAUCAAGCUCAAUGUUUAUGUACAGCAGUGUUUCGUGGUGUAACAUGUAAUCAAUUUAGUUAUGUACCUUGUGGAGGUGCUACUUGCCAUGGUACACAGGGUACAUGUACGGCUAAUGAAUGUGUUUGUAAAUUGGGUUUUGCUGGACCAAGAUGUGAUUCAACAGAUUUUUGUUCAGCGUAUCCUUGUCUAAAUGGAGGUACAUGUAUUCGAACAAAUGAAGAACCUUAUGGUGGUUGUAGUUGUCCAUCUGAAUUCUCAGGUCCAACUUGUAGUAAUGAUCCUUGUAAUCCAUCACCAUGUUUAAAUAACGGUUACUGUGUACGAAAACCCGAUAAUCAAUUUUAUUGUCAAUGUCGUAAUAGAAAUAAGGGUGUUUAUUGUGAACAACAAGAAUGUUUUCCAUCGGAUGCAACAGUUGAUGUUCUUAAUGUUGGUAAAGUUCGAUUAUCAUCAUUGAAUAUUGGUGAUCAAGUUCGAAUAAUUGAUGAUCAAAAUCAAGUCAGUUACUCACCAAUAAUUGCUUUUCUUCAUCGUGAACUUGAUGAAAAAGCUUCAUAUAAACGUAUUCGUACAAAAAAUGCUGCCAUUGAAUUAUCUGAUCGUCAUUUAAUUCGUCAUCGUAAUGAUGGUUUUAUUUGGGCUGAAAAAUUAAUAAAAGGUGAUGAAAUACUUGUAUCAUCAUCUAAAAAUACAAAUAAAACAAAUUGGGAAAAAAUUAUUGAUAUAAGUGAAGUUAAUAGACAAGGUCUUAUGGCUCCAUUAACUGAACAAGGAACAAUUAUUGUUAAUAAUGUUCAUGUUUCAUGUUAUGCUCUUGUUAAAUCUCAUACACUUGGUCAUUUUGCUUUAGCACCUUAUCGAUUGUAUCAUCGUUUAUUUGGACACACAUCAGAUAACAAUACAUCACCUAUACUUACUUAUGCUAAUAUACUUCUUCAGUUUUUCAAGAGUUUACCUAUUGCAAAAGACAUUAUUUUUUAA